AUGUCUUCACAGCGAAUGACGACGUCACCACCAUCACCAUCACCAUCCACAACAAAUUCAUCCCCCUCGAAACCCCUCAAUUCCUCACAAAUCGAGGCCCAAACCAUCCUAAAUCACCUCCUCUCCAAACUGUGUUCCCCAGCCUCACGGUACCACUCUCGUUACGCCCCCUACAUCCAGCAGCACCCCUCCCUCCCCGAGACCCUCUUCUCCGCCAUCCGACCCCAAAUCUGGACCGUCCUCUCCCAUCGCCUCUCACUUGAUGCACUCAAACUUGUCGCUGGCGACCUCAAGUCAGAAAACCAGGGCACCAUCUACCUCAACGCGAUCCUCGGGCUCGACAAGCGUGUGAGGAUCUAUGUAGGUCAGACGAAGAGUCUAAGGCAGAGAGUAGGCCAGCAUUUGAACUUUCGGUAUCGCAGAGAUAAUCCGAGUUUGCACUACCAUGCGUUGCAGGGCAGUGUGUAUAACGCUUUUGGGAUUGUUGCGGUGGUGCCAAGAGGGAUCAAGGGUAUGGAUGAUGUAGGGUUGAUGCUGAAUUUGUUGGAGAUGUGGGUGUGUUUGAUUUUUCGGACGUUGCCAGAGCAGGUAUUGGAGGAGUGGCUACCGGGUCAUCCUGAUGUUGGGAAGGGGAGGAAGGAGGGUAAGGAGGGGGUGUUUGGCGGGUUGAAUGUAGCUUGUCCGCUGGAUAGUGGGAGUAGAGAGAGGGAGUGGGUUGAUAUGAGUGGGAGUGAUGAUCCACUUGUGAGGGACUACCUCAGUGUGGAUAGAAUGAAAGAAGAGGAGGUUGCGAGGAAAGAAGUUAGGGAUGAGAAGAGAAUGAAGAAGCUGGUGAUCGAGGAUACGCCAGAGCAGAGAAAGAGAACAUAUGCGGAACACGCAAGGAGAUUCAACGAGGCUGCACAGCAUGAGAUCAGAGUUCCGCAGUGGGUGGUGUUAGGUGCCAUCGCUACGAUGGUGGGCAUCGUAGUGUUUAGCAAUCGAGGCGGUGUACAACCGAGAGCCAAAUGGAGAUAG